AUGGCCUACCCAUCCCUAACCAAGACUUUCCACAAAGCCGCCUACCCAGCCAUCAGUCCUGCCCGGCCAGAACUCUCUCUCAAAGGCAAGACCGUUGUCAUAUCCGGCGGAGGCACAGGCAUCGGGUCAGCUAUCACACAAGCCUUCGCCGAUGCUGGAGCAGCCCGGAUAGCGAUUCUAGGCCGCCGACCCAAUGUCCUAGAGGAGAUGAAGCAGCAAGUUGAGAACUCGACUGACGGCAAGGUUACUGUGAGCACUCACGCUACGGAUGUCUCCGAUCUGGCGAGCGUCCAGAAGGCUGCGAGGGAAAUUGGGAAGUGGGAUGUUCUGAUCUCCAAUGCUGGGUAUUUGCCCGACAUCAAACAUCUUGUUGACUCUGACCCUACGGAUUGGUGGAAGGCCUUCGAGAUCAACGUCCGUGGCCCAUUCAACCUCGCCCAUGCCUUCUUGCCUCUUCGCAAUGCAGACGCCACCUUGAUCGGUGUCAGCGCCGGCUCGAUCCAGGUUCCAUUCUUGGCCGAGAAUUGGACAGCUUACAAUUCAAGCAAGUUUGCGGCAGUAAAGAUGCUCCAGGAUCUUGCCUCUGAAGUGCAAGAUCUGCAUGUUGUGAGCAUGCAUCCAGGUGUCGUCGAGUCAGCAAUGUCCGAGAAGUCAUUCGCAGGCAAAGCACAAGCACCACAAUACGAUACUGUCGAGCUGCCUGCCCACUUCGCCGUAUGGUUAUGCAGCCAAGAGGCCGGAUUCCUGCGCGGCAAGUUUGCUUGGUGCAAUUGGGACGUCGAAGAAUUGAUUGCGAAAAAGGACGAGCUGCAGGGCAGUCUGGUGGCAACGGCAAACUGCAUCGGGUGGCCUUAUGCUCCAUGA